AUGCCUGCUCUUAUUGACUUUUCAAAGGCCUCAUUAUACCUUGCCAUUGCACAUAUCCUCUUUAAUCCUAUCUUUUGGAAUACAGUUGCUAGAGCAGAGUAUAGAAGCAAGGUGUUGACAAAAUUGGCUGGUGGUAAUGCUUAUAGAGGCACAUAUGGAUUGGCUGUAACCAUCUUCACAUUGGGCCUUACCAGAGAUUACUUAUAUCAUCAAGCAUUGGCUGAUCAACCUACACACCCCUUUUUCGAUCAAUAUACUAUCCAAAUCUCUGCUGUUCUUUUGUUCUUGACUGGUAAUGUUCUCGUUUUAUCAUCCAUGUGGGCUCUUGGUGUUACUGGCACCUAUCUCGGCGACUAUUUCGGGAUCUUGAUGAAGGAGCGUGUUACUGGAUUCCCUUUCAAUGUUUGCGAUAAUCCCAUGUACAUUGGAUCAACCUGUACCUUUAUGGCAACUGCCUUAUGGUAUCAAAGCCCUGCUGGUGUCUUCUUGACAGCACUCGUCUACGUUGUUUACAAGAUUGCAUUGACCUUUGAAGAGCCCUUCACUGGCAUGAUCUAUGCCAACAAGGACAAAAAGAACUAG